AAUUGUCUUGGACAAUUUUCGCAACCCAGAUGUGUCGUACGUUGUGGAUUUUCUCUCUACUCAUGUUGUUGCAACAAUUUUGCUCGCUUUGCUAUUUUUAUCUAAGGUACAGUAUAUGACUAUCCUUUAGUACAUGAUAAUUUAUAACAACUAAUUUAUAAUCAAUAAAAAUAAAUUAUAAAAUAAUAAAUAUAAUAGUGAAACAUCACUACAUCAGCGCACGAAGAAAACAUCCUCACGAAAAUAUAAAUUAAAUUAUUGUUCGCAGAAAAAGUCGCAAUGAAAACAAUUAAACUUGAAGUAAAAAAGAACUUACCUUUUCGCACAAAAUAUCCAUAUCAAAUGCGAAGUAACUUGGUCUCAAAUGCUUAUAGCUAUACAAAACACUGUGAGCGUCCAUUUUCCUGACGAUAUGUUUGAUACUUUCGAUGGCCGAAACGUUUUUUCUUUUCAUUUAGCUAUAUUUGAAUUGAUGCCAGGAGCUGGUUUCAAAAAAUUACAGUUCAAAAUCAAGCUAUUUUUACAUAUUUUCAAAAUUCGUCAAAUUUCGCCAGCUUGUAUUUUCAACCUAGACAGCUGAAAUUACAUUAAGAAACAUAAGAUGGAAAAUUUGAGGCAUAUAAAAUUAAUUUCAACAUACAUUUCAUUCUUAGUUUAUUUUGGUUUUAAGCAAGCCAAAUAGGUUGAUGUAUACGGUAUUUGCUACGUCGCCAUAUUCUCUUCUUCCAAUCACUCGAUUAGAAAAAAAAAUCAUUCCAAAAGAAGGAGGUUAUGAUAAUGAUCGAUUUUUAAAGAAUAACCAUCUUAGUAAUUAGUAAUUAGUAAAUCGUUUCAAUGGAAUGCAAAAUAUCGUCAGCUAAAACAGCUUCUUGCUAACUUUCUGCUUUGUUUUGAAUCAAAUAAAUGCAAUUAAUAGAGCGUUGUUUCUGCCCGCGAUUUUUUGGUCAGCGCAGGCAAAUUUCCCACCUGUUCGGUCUUUUAUGAUAGUCCAGAUAAUUUCAUGUUGCCAGAUGUCUAUAUGAAGAUGCUUUGUGAUUGCUUUGUUACAACGACAAAAGGCAAUAGACUAUAGUGACCAUCUUUCUAAAAAACGAGUGACAAAAACUGAACAUUAUUUUUUUGUUUCGGAAAACCUAGAACGCGAUCAUAUACAACAACAAAACACAUUCAUUACGUUGUCAGUUGAGCCGAGUUAAGUUUCUGUAAACAAUUUUCGACAAACAUAAAACGAUGACAAAAUAGCUGCAGACAUUAUUAUUUUACAAACAAAAAUAAAAUCAGAGCAAAUUUUAGUCCAUCUUCAAUUUGGUUCCAUUCAGGGAAAAGUGUUAAAUAUUAUUCUAUCAGCAUUUUCAGUGCAAACAAAGGUAAUUUAUACAUGUAAGCAAUAUUUUCACACAGAUUAGAGUAGAAUAUUGUGUUAUUUUAUAUAAAAAAAGUUACCAAGUUUAGAUAUUCAUUGAGCCAACGGCGCAGAUCGCCGUUCUGGGCGUAAUCCCUGGGCGAAGGAAGUAAUUCAAAGUUGUCUCCCAUUUUGUUUAUGUCAUGGACAGUUUUCGAAGCUCUGCGCAUACGUGAGCACAAGUUGAGCUGCUGUGCCUAAAUUUAUUGUUUUUCAUUUUGAAAGGACGACGUAUUUUGUUGUUUACAGCGAUUGUUUUGUUUUAAAUUUCGUAAAAAAUUUCGAAAUGAGCCUGCAAUUUCAUAAAUUAUUGGCUGGUCAACCGUGAAGCAAAGUUUGUAACAAUUGGGGUUGCUGCAUACUAUACAAUUACUUUAUCGUUUACGUGUUUGGAUGGUCUGAUCCAAACACGCGGGAAUGUUGUUCGAGUUGAGAAAUGCGCGCGAAACACGAGCGGAAGGCGAGUGAUUUUGCCUGCUUUUCUUAACUCGAGCAACAUUCCCAAAUGUUUGGAUCAGGCCAUCCAAACACGGAAACCAUAAAGUAAUUGUUUUAUAAAAUAACAACUUUCCUGAUCCAAACACGGGUUUCGACCAAUCAGGGCACGCGUUAUAUACAUAUUAUUUUAUAAAUGUAUUUUCUAGUUAUAUAAACAAGCUUUCGUUGCUAGGGACAUGCAACUGCGUGAAAAAUAUAAGGAUAAUUUUGAAAUUCUUCUUAUAUUUUUCAUGUAGUUGGAUCGCUACCAACGAAAGCUUGUUAAUAUUAUUGGCACAACCGACACUGGCACAGGCAAUUCCGAUAUGUAUAUAAUCUUUUUUAUUGGGUAACUAUCCAAAAGAGCGAUGUACGAUUUCUUCGAUCGCAAGGUGUCCAUCUAAGGGUUUAUUCUAUGAGAUCAGUUAACGUUUCGUACUACAGGUCACGACCGCUCAAGAACUAUUCAAAUGUUGCAUUUUGCGGAUUCCCCUCCCCUCCCCCCGCCCCACCUUGGCAUAUAGUAAUAGGUUGAUACUAACGCAUUAUUUCUUUUGCUCUUUAGAUUUACCUUAUCCGGAAAUACAAGAAUUAUACGCAAAGAAACGAUGGUGCAAGCUCAGCAACUGCUAUUACGUUGACAGACCUGCGCCAAUCACCAUUUCAUUUGAAUCCGCCAGUUCAUUUGAAGCGUGAGACUCAGGUUGAAACGACCGUGUUGCGACUAAAAGCUAAAAAUUUUCAACUGGAGGUGAGUGGCACUGACUUGACACCUAAAUUUGCAAUACGAAUGGUUCAGAAUCAAGUCGAACAUUUCUACUCACUAGACGACUAACCUUACAGCAGUUCCAGAAAAUGCCUGUCACACAAUGCUACGGUUAACACAGCCGACAUUUCUAAAACUCGGGUCCGAAUUUCAUUAAGUUGCCGAGCUAGGUAUCUUGUUAUUACCCCGAAUAUUUCCUUUAAAUUCAACUAUAUAUUCGCCAAACAUGCAUUCAUAACAACAAACUAAUUAUCGCUUUAAUUGUCGUUACAGUAUAGAAAAUUCCUCAAACAAUUCGUAGUUUAAAGAAAAAAGUUUAAAAAGACCCAAAAACGUCCGGCAGGAAAUUCACAGAACUCUUCAGCUUUUGCACGUUUGUGCCAGUUCAUUUAUCAGCAUGACAAGAGCGCUUUGCAUCGUCGUCUCUGUAAGCGUCCUGACUCUCACAAACACGAUAACCGCCUUCUAUGGAUAAUCUAUAAGGCCCAUUUUCAUAUAAAGUAAGAUGUGACUAAACCAGAACAGGAUGGCCCCUAAUUGACCAUCAUGGAGUCAGUUUAAGCGGAAAGUAGAGAACAAUUCAGUGUGUAAAGGAUAAUAGGUAACCCUCCCACCCCCCACCCCCAUCCACCACCGGAAAUGAUUCAAGCGAAUGACGUCAACAGGGGGUGUAAGUCCUGGCGUUCGUACUUAGUGUACGUACUUAGCGUGCGUCCAAGCGUUCGUCCAAGAGUUCGUACUUAGUGUACGUCCAGUUUAGUAAGCAUUAUGUAAUUGUAUUGCACAUGUCCUGACCAAGUAUGCGUUCUUCAAGGUCGAAUAAUGUUGACGAAGUUUCGCCUAUGGAAUUUCGGAAGCUAUGCAAUUUGUUAGAGACAAUAUUUGCACAAACUGUUUCUUGCGAGGUUUAUGAGCUUUUCGAAGAGAGGUGCUGUGGUUGUAUCGCCUUGGGGGAUGAGGAAGAAACCCCUUCAUCGUAAUUAUUCAUCCUAGCUCUUUUUGAUCUGUGCAUAAUGAUGUAGUCUUCUUCAUCUGCGCAAGACGACAUGGCGUCACUCAGAUAAAUACGUCUUUCUUCACUUGAUAGAUGGUGAAUGUCUGCCAAAUGAUUUGAUAAUUUGCAAAGGUUUCUCUUUCCGCACAGCAGACAGUCUUUACGGGUUCGCGGCAUCGAGCGAAAUGAUUCCUCUUGUCAAACGGGACGCAGGGACAUUGCUACGGGACGCCCGGGACUUGAUUGCUGGACACUUGAGUGUGUCCCUAUGUGCGGGACGCAGGGACAUUGCUACGGGACGCCCGGGACUUGCUUGUGGGACACUUUGAGAGGUGUCCCUAUAUGCGGGACGCACGGGACAUCCCUACGGGACACAUUUAACGUGUCCUUGCGUUCCGUAAGACUGUUCUUAUGGCUAGACCCAUACACGAAUUCAAAGGGUAUAACUUCUUCCUGGGUUACAUAAUUCAUUAUUCGAAGCUCGCAGUUUGACAUAAGUAUAGCGUAAGGAUUAAACCAGAUUAGUAUGACUAAAUACUUCAACGUCACUAACAUACUGUAAUUAUUUAAAUCAGUGUGGACAUACAUUUGCAAACGGAAAUGGAUUUAAAGUUAUCGAAGCUGUCAAAUCGUUUACAUCACUUAAAACGAAAUCAAACGCCAUGAAGACAUUAGUCUAUUUACCAGUUACAGGAUGUCUUUUCAUUAUAACACUACGCAUCAGUUGCUUCAGUAUCCGAUCUUGAAGUCAACACUGUCUGCUCGUUUGACUCUGUUAUUGUUGACGGUAAAUUUUCUGGGAGAACCAAUCGCUUUUCAAUGGGUCCAUAAUUCUUAAUUGUCUUGCUAUUGUACCCCAUUUGAAAAUGGCUCUCCAGAUUUAAAUCAUUACGACCAAAGCUAAUGCCGAAUCUGAACAUUUUCUGUCUAUUAUGAUCCUUGUUUCUAUUGACUUUAUCAUUCUUACUGUAGCAAGUGCCCAUGGUUAAAAUAGAUACUGAUACUGCAAGCGACAGCAUGGAAUAAAGAAAAACACAACAACACAAUACGUUUUAAAAUGAUAUAUUUCUUAAUUAAAUGCAUUAUAUGGUUGAAUUGUAUUUUAAUUUACAAACACAGCUAAUGUAUAGUCCAUGAGAUUGUUUAGAGAAACAGUUCUUUCGAACUCAGAAUAUAUUUGAUGCAUUUCCGUUUGCAAAUGUAUGUCCACACUGAUUUAAAUAAUUACAGUAUGUUAGUGACGUUGAAGUAUUUAGUCAUACUAAUCUGGUUUAAUCCUUACGCUAUACUUAUGUCAAACUGCGAGCUUCGAAUAAUGAAUUAUGCAACCCAGGAAGAAGUUAUACCCUUUGAAUUCGUGUAUGGGUUUAGCCAUAAGAACAGUCUUACGGAACGCAAGGACACGUUAAAAUGUGUCCCGUAGGGAUGUCCCGUGCGUCCCGCAUAUAGGGAAACCUCUCAAAGUGUCCCGCAAGCAAGUCCCGGGCGUCCCGUAGAAAUGUCCCUGCGUCCCGCAUAUAGGGACACACUCAAGUGUCCCGCAUUCAAGUCCCGGGGGGGCCCGUAGCAAUGUCCCUGCGUCCCGUUUGACAAGAGGAAUCAUUUCGCUCGAUGCCGCGAACGCGUAAAGACUGUCUGCUGUUCGGAAAGAGAAACCUUUGCAAAUUAUCAAAUCAUUUGGCAAACAUUCACUAUCUAUCAAGUGAAGAAAGACGUAUUUAUCUGAGUGACGCCAUGUCAUCUUGCGCAGAUGAAGAAGACUACAGCAUUAUGCACAGAUAAAAAAGAGCUAGGAUGAAUAAUUACGAUGAAGGGGUUUCUUCCUCAUCCCAAAACGGCGAUAUUUUCGAUAGUGGUGACGAGAAAGAACAUAGCAGUGAAGAAGAGAGCAACAGCGUAGAGAAUGAGAACAGCGAGGAAGAUGACAGCAAAGAGGAAAGCGAAGAACAUGAAUCCAGCGAAGACGGAGAGGACUACGAUCCCUGGCAAACGUUGAUACACGAAGCAAAACUGCAACUUUUGGAUAAAUUUCAAGAAAAAGUUGAAUGCCUUAAUAAUGAGGGUUUUAGUGAUGUUGAAGCUAAGAGGCAAUCGUUUUCAGAACUUCUUCCCAAACUCACAAAAGAACUAGAAGAUAUUUAUGUAGAACGGCUGCUAUGGAUGUCACACAUGAGAAAAGAUCCAAUUCGCAAGAAGAUCAUGCAGACAAGAGAUAAUUUGAUUGACGUAGGAUUCCUCGACCGGGAAGAAGCUUUAUAUUCCGCAGUCGAAAAGAGAAAGUUUCUUUUCGAACGUCUUUUAGAAAAACGACAACAUUAUUCAGACGAUGAAGCGAUACUAUCGAAUAAAUUGUUGUACUGCUAUACUUUAAAAAUAAAUUUCAUCAAUCCUAUUUGUUUGUCUGUUAUAUUUGUUAUAGUAUUCAUCACACUGAAUCGUAUCCGACAUGCAGAGAACCCCCAGGGAACUCCGAGGGAACCCCGAGAGAAGCCCUACAGAACCCCGAGAGAGGUUGACUACAUGCAUCAAUUAACACAUGCCACAUGGAUUAACCUUUGUACCGACGCGACAGUUAUAUCGCACGCAAAAAAAACACAAGUUAGUGUUUUAAACUAUCUAAUUCAGGCAUAAACUAAUACACAAAAUUAUGCUUUAAACAAUUUAUUUCUCAAAGCAACAGCCAUACAGCAACAAACAAAUGUAUAAAGCUAUACACAAUAAUUUUAUAUUAAACGUUUACACAUAAAAGUGUCUCACGCACAAUGUCCUAAGUACUAAUUAUUCGUGCAAUGAAGCGUACGCACGGCUCUGUUCGCACUCAAUUGUUCGUACAAAACUGUUCCUACGUUGUUAUUGACAUUCAAAUAAAAAGCGGCCGAAUAAAUCACAUCACAAUCAAUCAGUCAACAUGCAAUGUAAAGCAGACAUCGUUGGGAUCCUUGACAUGACGGAUUUCAAAUUGGAAAGAAAUUUUUCUGUAAGGAGUUGGGAGUCAUAAAGGUCGGAGACUCUGAAGCCUCGUCGUUCUUUUUCGAUAUUGGCUUACACUGGAACGAGCUCAACGACAAAGACAAGAGAACGUGUAACUUCGUCCAGAAGAAUAUACAUAGACUCCCGUUCGGAGUUCCACGGGGCACUAAAGCAUUUCAAAUUUCGGACUUGCAGGCAAUUGUAGAGAAUUUCUACCGUGAAAUACAGAUAGAUUCGAACUCUACAAUUGCCUUCAAAGGCGGACAUUACGAAAUGGAUUUGCUGCCGAGUCACCGUAUUCCGGCCGUAAAUUUGGAAUGCUUUAAUUGUCCCAAAGCUGAAAAACUAUUUGAUCAAUUGAUCUGGUUAGAAACCUGUGGGAACCGUUUGGAAAGCAACGCUUAUCAACACUGCGCAAAAGUGGAAGUCGAAGCCUUUGCGAUGUGGCUGCAACAGUAAAGACAAACGCAAAACACCGGUUCUUUUAAGAACCAUCAAUUUUACAAAAAAGAAUAAAAACGAAACUCGAUUAUUAACAUGUUUACACUGAAUCUCAAAGUUUACUUCUCAAAUAUUCCACAUAUGCCUAUAAUAAUCUUCUUCAUGACUUCUAAAUUGCUCGCCUGUAGCUUUCACAGUAUACUUAAAACUAGGGGGCAUUGAAAAAAAAGAACAUAGCCCCAGGUUCAAGUGGGUCAUCACAACAAUCCUUUUUGCAGUUAGAAAUUUGGUCUAGAAUACUCAGCAUCUCACUGUUCUCCACACUCAUCAUUGAUUUAACAUACAUGGGGUCUCUCCUCAAUUGGUUCCAAUAUUCAAACACGUUUCCAUCCCACUGAAGCUCUAAAACUUUGGUCACCUCAACAAACUUAUUCCAUACCACGUCUUUUUUGCUAACUCGCUCUAUGGCUUCCAAAUCAUACAUCUGCGAUCUCUCCUCAUACGAAAACAUAAGACACUCACUCUGACUAAAGCGAUUUAGUUUACAACCACAGCACCUCUCUUCGAAAAGCUCAUAAACCUCGCAAGAGACAGUUUGUGCAAAUAUUGUCUCUAACAAAUUGCAUAGCUUCCGAAGUUCCAUAGGCGAAACUUCGUCAACAUUAUUCGACCUUGAAGAACGCGUACUUGGUCAGGAGAUGUGCAAUACUAAUAACUUACUGACCGAGAGUGAGGGCAGUACGGGAAAAUAUCCAACCGAGGUCUUGCUGUAUUGACCGAGCGAUAGCGAGUUCAAUACAGCAAGACCGAGGUUGGAUAUUUUCCCGUACUGCCCGAACGGUCGAGGUCAGUAAGUUUUUUAUUAUAUGGCAUUGUACGUUUGUAAAAAAUGGGUAAAAAUGGUCACGCGAGGGCAAAGUACAAAGUCCGAAACAUUUGCAAAAAAGAAUUGUAAAAAAUGUCUCAAGCUUGGUUAGUAAAACUACUCUACAGCAAUUUUUAUAUAGAAUACUAACACAGUUGGAUAGUAUUUCAAGAAAAAUACCAGGUAUUUCGUCAUUUAAUCAAAGACAAAGACAACAAAUAUGAAAACAAUAAAAUUAAUAAACAGUAUGGACAAGUACGGUUUUAGUUCGCUUCAUCUCAUAAAUAUAUCUCUUUUUAUCGAAAAAACCCAGAAAUUUUCAGGGAAAAAAUCUAAGUCUGUGGCUGCUUUAGUUGUAUUUUUUAUUUAGGAUGGUGUCAAAUUCCUCGGCUAUCUGCAAAUAAUAUUUGCAGCUCUUCACAAAGUCAAAACACAGCUAUUCCUGACUUCUUUAAUAGUUAUAAACAUUGUAAAAUUUACCUUGUAAUUUCGACUUUCGCUAACAAAAACAUAUUGAGAAAGUUCUUUAUCCAAAGAAGGUGCUCCUUUUCUUUAGUUUAGGUUUAUUUUUCUUCGGUUUGAAUAGUUUUGAAAGACUUUUAGACACUUUUUGCCGUUUGAAACUCGGAUCUUGUGGCGGGGCAAAAAAAUUGCGUAUUGCCCCUGGGCAAUACGGGAAAAUCCUGCCUCGUCAGCAGCCAAUCAAAUUGCGCGAUUCAUCAAAACAAAUGCUUGCCCUAUAAUAAAAUUACAUAAUGCUUACUAAACUGGACGUACACUAAGUACGAACUCUUGGACGAACGCUUGGACGCACGUUAAGUACGUACACUAAGUACGAACGCCCGGACUUACACCCCCUGUUGACGUCAUUCGCUUGAAGCACUUCCGGUGGUGGAUGGGGAGGGCGGGGGGUUACCUGCUAAGGAUAAAAUUGCUCCGGCAUAACGCCGCAGCAAAAAGAAAUCACGAUCCAACCCUAACCUAACCCUAACUUAUCUAAAAAAUCGAAAAGAAUACGGAAACAGUAUUUUGAAGUAUAGCAUAUUCUUUCUUUUUGGGAAAAAACCCAGACUACGCUCACUUUUAUCUAAUACAGGGUGUAUAAAAAAGAUUAUUCAACAUUGACAGGAAAUCGUGAGUGAAUUAUUAGGUUUAUAGGUCUCCUGUUCUCGUAUUUACAAAGAUUAGGCUCGAUGAGGCUUUGACAUGUCAAAUUAAAUAACACAUUUUUUUUCAAAGAUCAUUGCGAUAAACUUGAGUAAUGAUUAAAUACGAUGCGCAUGUUUUAAAGAGUCGUUUCUCAUCUCAUUUCGAACAUUUGCUUAAGUAUUUUCUGCCGGCACGAAAAAAAUAUCCAGCACUGCGAGUUCAGUCUGCAAACGUCUGUUUUGAAAAUGUUUUAAACCACUUAAUUUCGAUGCAUAAGAGAAUGAAAAUUUAUCAAAACUCAAUGUCAAGUAUACUAUCUAGCAAUCAUCAAGAAACAAUGGACCAUUGAAGAGACCAUUAUAUAUACAACUGAUAGAACCAUCCAGUGUCACAAAAUUAUAUCGAUUUAAAUUGUGUUAAAUUUUCCAAUGGCAUUGAACAAAAUAGUGAUACCCCUUAUACAGGACCUGUAAGGAAAGAGGUUUGAAACUGCAGAGCUAUUUUGUGUAGGCCUACGUAUAUCCCAAGUUUAGUUUACAUUUUUAACCAUUAUUUACUAAUUUAUUUCUAACAAAAUUGUAUUUCACAGGAAGAAAACCGCAAUUUGAAUGCAAAACUGGUUGUCUUUGAAAACAAACUCGCACGAGAAAGCAAAAUCAGUACUCAAAUCGUCUCAACCAAUGGCGAGACGGAAAGCUCUCGGGACGGAAACGGAUUCUCCGACAAGUGCCACAGGAAAUCAUCGGCCUCUGCCGAGAGCAUCGCGAGUAGUGAACAUGCCGUGUUUACGCGAGAGGAUAACAGUGGGAGUUUAAUUAACGAGAACACUGAAAGUGCAGGAAAACAAGAAACAUCUUUGGCAGUUCCGCAACAGAACAGCGUUUCUGAGUGA